GCCACCAGACUCCUGUCUAUUUUAACUAUUCAUGUAGAGCACAGGACCUGGGGUUGGGGGUGUCCUCGGGAGAACGGGGAGAACUCGAAUGCCGCUGGCAUAACGAAGAGGAGGAGCAGAGCUGGACAGGUAACGGUAUACAGGAAACAGUUCUAAUUAUGGAGCAAAGGCAUUGAGUCCCUAAGGAAACUCCACUGGUCACUUGGCUGGACAUUUAGACAAGGACUCUUGGAUAUUGGAGGAUCCAGGCUAAGGAGCGCAGUGGUGUUGAGCGGACAGAGGGUCAGGCAUCCAAGCAGCAGACGAACCUGCCCCCCCACCAACAGGGAAAUGGACCAGACCGCUCCCUCUUUCAAGCUGGAGGUGGACGUCGAUCUGGGCUUUGCUCUGUUCUUCAUCUUCCUGCUCUGUUUCUUCCUGCUGGUGACUGUGGUUCGCUGCGCCCGCAUGGUGGUAGACCCGUACAGCGCCAUCUCCACCUCCACCUACCAGGAAGAGCAGAUCAACAACUGAGAGAAGGGACACUAUCAUGCAGCGAGACACUGCAUCUGGAACAGGAAAACAGAGCAUUCGGUCUUCUCUGGUUAAGUUGGGUGUGAAUUCAUCUACGUGGGUAAAGCGACACAUUUAAAUUUAACAUCAAAUAUAAAUUACUGACAUAAAGUGUAAUGUUGACAUGAUUCAUUCAGAAUAGCUGUUAUGUUAGAGAGGUGGAUUUGUCAACCAGUAUUACAAAGUCAACAAACAUAAACUGGCUGUCCUGUGAAUCAUAGGCUGUCCCUAAUCAGUCUUCCUGAUGAGACCAGCACUACCCAAUCCAUACCUUCUUGAAGUUAUAUUGCAGUCACAUUACUCAAGCUUGAUUUCUAGUGUGUUAAGAUGAGCAUUUAGUAGAGUUUAGUAGAGUUAUUGUACUUUUUAAAAUGAGGCUAAUAUUGAUUUUCAUAUACACAUCUAUGGCCCUCAUGAGUGGGGGGCGGGGCAGGUAAUUCCAGGCAACACAGGGCAAAAGGCAAAACAGGUGCAUGGCUGGGAUACCAGUCCCUUGCAGGGUAGGGCACACGCACACACGCACACACUAUAGAAGAUGUAAAGAUGCCUGCAGGAUAGACUGGAAACCAGAGUACCCAAAGGAGACCUGCACAACAGCGAAGCAUGCAAAGUCCACGCACAGCAUGCCAACCGCUACUAUUGACAGACACGAUAUUACUGAGGUAGCUCAAUUACGGAACAGUUCUUUUAGCUUGGGAAGACUGAUUCUGUGACACGGUCAUGCUCAUGAUGUAGAAAUUGCGUCGUAUGACAUCACGCGUCUCAUGACAGCAGCAGACAUCUCACUGGUGCGUAUCUCCUUAAAACGCAACUAUUAAAUAAAGGCAAUGUAUCGUUUGUUGUUAAAAUGCCCAUAUUCUCAUGAAAAUGACUGAAUUUUGAUUUGAGUUUUUAUUCUAGGCUUAAUAAUCACACGGUUUGUUCUAUUGUCCGCAUUAUAGACUCUUGCAUAGUGAUAUUCCCUCACUGUUGGUGUGAUGUGCUUUCCUUUGUGCCUGAAACAGGUUCCUACCCUCUGCCCAUGCAGCAGUCUAUGUGAGUCUAUGGACCCCUUUUCGGGAUGUAUUAAAUGCAUAAAACAACAUACAUAGUAUUGUAAAAGAACCUAUUAAGGGCCACAAAAAUUACAAUACAGCCAGUCCUGCUACAAGGCUUGAUAUCACACCGCAAAUCUGUUUUAACGAGAUUGACGUAUUAUCUAUUAGUAUCCAAAUCCAAUACUACGUGGCAUCUUAUUUAUAUUUGCGCGAUUUUCAGUCGGAGAGAAAAGCACUAAUUAGUGAACAACAACGCGAUGCGGUCUUAGCAAAAAACACGACUUGCAAAUACAGCUAACCAUAUAAACGAAUCGUUCAUUGGCACUGGUUCUGAAUCGGUUGAAUCUGGUUUUCAGAUCUAUGUUUGAAUCGAACUUUUUGUACUACGCCACUUUAUGCAUUGCACAGAAAAAUAAAAAUAUUGACACAUUAUAAUAUAAAAUACAGAAGCGUUUUUAAUUCAUGUACACUUGCUUUUCGUAGACUGCGGUCACUGUUAAGUUAUAUGUCCUCAUCAGUCACAAUGUUUUUACAUU